AUGGCAUCACUUAGUACAACAACCCUAACAUCUUUAGUUUUGGCAAGCCUUUUAGUGUUGGGAGCUUCUUCAUCCCAACACAAUACCGACUUUCUCGAAUGCCUCACCGAUCAAUUCGAGAGGUCGAACUCAGCAACUGACGUGAUUUUCACCCCACAAAACGCGUCCUACGCAACCCUCCUCGUGACCGAGAACCUACGACCCGCGUCAACCUCCCCCGAACGACCCUCUCUCAUAAUCACCCCUUUCCACGAAUCUGAAAUUCAGGCUGCGAUCUUUUGUUCCAAGAAAGUCGGCAUGCAGAUUAGGGUUCGGAGCGGCGGUCACGACUACGAGGGGCUUUCCUACACCUCCCGAUCAAACCCUUUCGUCGUCCUCGACAUGAGAAAUUUUCGAUCCAACGCGACCCAAUUAGUUCAUAGAUGGCAAUACGUCGCCCAUAAAGUCGACAGGAAUCUCUUGAUUAGGCUAUCAUUGAGAAGCGUGCGUUCCACGACCGGCCAAAACAUAACUAUUAAUGCUAUUUUCUUCGCAUUGUACCUCGGCCCAGUCAGCGACCUUCUGCCCAUGAUGCAGAACGAGUUUCCAGAGCUGGGUCUAGUCAAACGGGACUACAUUGAAAUGAGUUGGAUUGAGUCACUACUCUAUUUCCAAGGUCUUUACGGUCAGCCUCUCGAUGUCUUGUUGAGCCGAACACCGCGGGCCAUAUUUUACAGGAAGGCCAAAUCGGACUUCGUGACGCAACCGAUCCCUAUAAACGGCCUAAGAGGGAUAUGGAGGUUUCUACACGAUGAAGCCGAAGAUAUGGCCGAAGUGCAAUUUAGCCCUUAUGGAGGAGCUAUGGAUGAUCUUUCGGAAUCCGAAACCCCUUUCCCACACCGAUCCGGCAACAUAUUCAUGAUCCAUUACAUGGUAACUUGGAUAAGACCCGGAAAUGAAGAGUUGCAGAGGCACCUCGACUGGAUUAGACGAUUGUACACUUACAUGGCUCCUUAUGUCACAAAUUCGCCUCGUUUGGCUUAUUUUAACUACAAGGAUCUCGACUUGGGAUCAAACAACCCGAGAAACACGAGCUACGAGCAAGCUAGUGUGUGGGGCCGGAGAUACUUCAAGAGGAACUUUGAUCGGCUGGUUCGUAUAAAGUCUAAGUUCGACCCGUCAAACUUUUUCAGAAACGAGCAAAGCAUUCCUCCGGUGACUUCAUCAACAUCAUCUUCUCCCCACAACAUUAGUUGUUUCCACAAAUGUCUCAUAUAUGAAUUAAAAAGAAAAAACUCACCUUCAUCAUCAUCACCAAACUCGAUUAUCAUCACGCCGCAAAACAAGUCGGCGUAUGAGUUUCUCCUCCGACCGCAAAACCUCCGACCCGGCCUAAUCUCCCCACUCAAGCCCUUCCUAAUCAUCACACCACAAAACGAGACGGAAACUCAAGCCGUCGUCCGUUGCUCCCGAAAGCUCGGAACUCAACUCCGAGCCCGAGCCGGUGACCACGACUACGAAGGCCUCUCCUACACUUCCAAAACCCCUUUUGUCAUGCUCGACUUGAGGAACCUCGACUCGGUAACAGUCGACCCGAAAGCUCGAACCGCGUGGGUCCAGGCUGGCGCAACCCUCGGCCAGAUGUAUUACGCCAUCGCCCGAGAGAGCAAAACCCUAGCUUUCUCGGGGGGCAUUUGCCCCUCUGUGGGGGUCGGGGGCAACAUUUCCGGAGGGGGCUACGGAAUGCUCACUCGGAAGUAUGGCCUCGCGUCCGACAAUGUGGUCGACGCUCGACUAAUCGGUGCAGACGGCGAGAUUUCUGACCGUCGGUCGAUGCCGGAGGAGCUAUUUUGGGCCCUUCGAGGCGGUGGAGGCACGAGCUUCGGCAUCGUCACCGCCUUCAAAGUGAAGCUCGUUGUCGUUCCAAAAACCGUGACAGUGUUUACAAUCAUGCGGACUUCGAAACCGAAGAACAACGCGACUACUAGGUUGUCCGACUACGCGGGGGCUUGGGGAAUAUCGACGAGAGGUUUGCAAGGAAUGUGGCGAUUUCUACACAAAGAGGACGAAAACUGGGGAACCGUGGAAUUAAGCCCGUGCGGAGGGGUUUUGAGCGAAGAAGGCUCGACUCGAACAAGCCCUUAUUGGUCGGGAUGCUCGUUUAUGAUACGAUACGGUGCCAACUGGUAUGGAGGAGGAUAUGAGGGGAUGGAGAGACACGUGGAGUGGAUAAGAAGUUUUUACGGGUACAUGGGUGCGUACGUGUGGACGAAAAUGCCGAGGGCGGCAUAUAUUAACUAUAGAGAUCUCGAUUUGGGGUUGAAUAUGCAAGGGAGGAACACGAGCUACGAGCAGGCGAGAGUAUGGGGGGUUAAGUAUUUCGGGAAUAAUUUCGAACGGUUGGCACGCGCGAAAGCUCGAGUGGAUUCGGAAAAUCUUUUCUGGAACGAGCAGAGUAUUCCUCCUCUGUUAAUGUAG